AAUGUAUYUCAGUCCACGUUGGUCAAGCCGGUGUUCAGAUUGGAAACGCUUGUUGGGAGUUGUACUGUCUUGAACAUGGUAUCCAGCCCGAUGGCCAGAUGCCCAGCGACAAGACGAUCGGUGGUGGGGAUGACUCGUUUAACACGUUCUUUAGCGAGACCGGAGCUGGAAAACACGUCCCGAGAGCUGUUUUUGUCGACCUGGAGCCUACUGUAGUAGAUGAAGUAAGAACUGGUACCUACCGCCAACUUUUCCAUCCCGAGCAGCUGAUCACUGGUAAAGAAGACGCAGCUAACAACUACGCUCGUGGUCACUACACCAUUGGAAAAGAGAUUGUAGAUCUUGUCCUUGAUAGAAUCCGUAAACUGGCUGAUCAGUGUACUGGUCUCCAAGGUUUCCUGAUUUUCCACUCCUUUGGUGGUGGUACUGGUUCUGGUUUCUCCUCUCUUCUUAUGGAACGCCUGUCUGUUGACUAUGGCAAGAAAUCUAAGCUUGAGUUUGCUAUCUACCCAGCUCCUCAGAUCUCUACAGCUGUUGUCGAACCAUACAACUCUAUUCUGACCACCCACACCACGCUAGAGCACUCUGACUGUGCAUUCAUGGUAGACAAUGAGGCCAUUUAUGAUAUCUGUCGCCGUAACCUGGACAUUGAAAGACCUACCUAUACCAACUUGAACCGCCUGAUGGGACAAAUUGUGUCUUCCAUCACAGCCUCUCUGAGAUUUGAUGGUGCCCUGAAUGUGGACUUGACUGAGUUCCAGACCAACUUGGUACCC